AGCGGGACCGACCUCAGCUCCAACUCAGCCUCCACUGUUAUUAAAAAUAAAAAUCGCUAGAGCAGCCCUCACCACGUCUACUUUGAUAGCUGGCUAUUUGGAAUUUUGAAGGAUAAUUUAAUUUUUUUCUAACUUCCCAUGCGGCUGUAAGUUCAACCGCUCCAAACCCACACACUAAGGACGCUGAAUCUGUCCACCCCCAGCGAAGCGAGACCUUCUGGCUGGGUCCCCCCGAUUUGGGUCGAUUUUGCGCCUCCAAACAACCUUAGCAUGAUGUCUUAUCUUAAGCAACCGCCUUACGCAGUCAAUGGACUGAGUCUGACCACUUCGGGCAUGGACUUGCUGCACCCUUCGGUGGGCUACCCGGCCACUCCCCGAAAACAGCGCCGGGAGAGGACGACGUUCACCCGGGCGCAGCUAGACGUGCUGGAAGCUCUAUUUGCUAAGACCCGGUACCCAGACAUCUUCAUGCGGGAGGAGGUGGCGCUGAAAAUCAACUUGCCCGAGUCCAGGGUGCAGGUAUGGUUUAAGAAUCGAAGAGCUAAGUGCCGCCAGCAGCAGCAGCAGCAACAGAACGGAGGUCAAAACAAAGUGAGACCUGCCAAAAAGAAGACCUCUCCAGCUCGGGAAGUGAGUUCAGAGAGUGGAACAAGUGGCCAGUUCACUCCCCCCUCUAGCACCUCAGUCCCGGCCAUUUCCAGCAGCAGUGCUCCUGUGUCUAUCUGGAGCCCAGCUUCCAUCUCCCCACUGUCAGACCCCUUGUCCACCUCCUCCUCCUGCAUGCAGAGGUCCUACCCCAUGACCUAUACUCAGGCUUCAGGUUAUAGUCAAGGAUAUGCUGGCUCAACUUCCUACUUUGGGGGCAUGGACUGUGGAUCUUAUUUGACCCCUAUGCAUCACCAGCUUCCUGGACCGGGGGCCACACUCAGCCCCAUGGGUACCAAUGCAGUCACCAGCCACCUCAAUCAGUCCCCAGCUUCUCUUUCCACCCAGGGAUAUGGAGCCUCAAGCUUGGGUUUUAACUCAACCACUGAUUGUUUGGAUUAUAAGGACCAAACUGCCUCCUGGAAGCUUAACUUCAAUGCUGACUGCUUGGAUUAUAAAGAUCAGACAUCCUCGUGGAAAUUCCAGGUUUUGUGAAGAUCUGUAGAACCUUUUUUGUGGGUGAUUUUUAAAUGUACUGGGCUGGACAUUCCAGUUUUAGCCAGGCAUUGGUUAAAAGAGUUAGAUGGGAUGAUGCUCAGACUCAUCUUCUGAUCAAUGUUCCCGGAGGCAUAGAAGGAAAAAUGAAGGGCCUUAGAGGGGCCCACCAACCAGCAACCUGACACGGACAAACCAGUCUACUUAAGA